AUGGCCAACGGGCAGGUUCAACAAGUAAAUGGUGUCCAUAAAACGAUGCCCCGUUUACAAAUAAUUGACGAAAACCAGCAUUUUUCGCAAGAGCUUCCAGAGUACAUGAAAGCAUGGGGACUGGCUGACUCGGGAUUUAACUAUAAUCUUGUUGCUGUAUUUGGGUCACAGAGUACUGGAAAAA